AUGAUAGAAAGUGACAUCUGGUCCAUAAUGUCAGGAAUUAUUCGAAACUCGGGGCAAAACCACCACCCCGCUCCCCAGGAAUACAGGCUCCUGGCUGCCGCCAGCGAUGAGGACCUUCCCGGGGACCUGCAGUCACUGUCGUGGCUCACGGCCGUGGACGUGCCUCGGCUACAGCAGAUGGCAAGUGGCCGCGCGGACCUGGGCGGCUCUGGCACACCCCACCCACACCCAGGUUCCUUGGCUGGGCUGGCUGACCUCCACGUGGGAGCCGCCCCAGGCCCCCUGCUCCAUGGCCCGGCUGGCAUGGCCCCCCCGGGUGUGCUGGGCCUGGGCCCCCUGGCCAGCCACAGAGCCGGCAUGAGCCAGUUCCCCGUGGGGGGCCAGCCCUCCUCCAGCCUGCGCGACCCACCGCAGAUGUACGCUCCGGCUCCCCAAGCACGGUUCCCACUCCCCCCGGGCGCCCAGCAGUGCCCUCCUGUGGGCCUGUAUGGCUCCCCGUUUGGGGCACGACCUCCCUACGCCCAGCCCCGUAUGGCUGUGCUUUCAUCUCAAGAACUGCACCCCAAACACUACCCCAAGCCCAUCUACUCAUACAGCUGUCUGAUCGCCAUGGCCCUGAAGAACAGCAAGACUGGCAGCCUGCCUGUGAGUGAGAUCUACAGCUUCAUGAAGGAGCACUUCCCCUACUUCAAGACGGCGCCUGACGGCUGGAAGAACUCGGUGCGGCACAACCUGUCCCUGAACAAGUGCUUUGAGAAGGUGGAGAACAAGAUGAGCGGGUCCUCGCGCAAGGGCUGCCUGUGGGCCCUGAACCUGGCGCGCAUCGACAAGAUGGAGGAGGAGAUGCACAAGUGGAAGAGGAAGGACCUCGCGGCCAUCCACCGGAGCAUGGCCAACCCUGAGGAGCUGGACAAGCUGAUCUCAGACCGGCCGGAAAGCUGCCGACGCCCCGGCAAACGGGGGGAGCCCAGGGCCGCCGUGCCGACCCACGCCACCACGGUGGCCAUGGCCCACGGCUGCCUGGCCGUCUCCCAGCUCCCGCCCCAGCCGCUGAUGACCCUGUCCCUGCAGUCAGUCCCCCUGCACCACCAGGUCCAGCCCCAGGCACAGCUGGCCCCAGACUCCCCUGCCCCAGCCCAGACCCCGCCCCUACACGCCCUGCCGGACCUGAGCCCCAGCCCCCUCCCCCACCUGGCCAUGGGAAGGGCCCCUGUGGACUUCAUCAACAUCAGCACCGACAUGAACACCGAGGUGGAUGCCCUGGACCCCAGCAUCAUGGACUUUGCUCUGCAGGGGAACCUCUGGGAGGAGAUGAAGGACGAGGGCUUCAGCCUGGACACGCUGGGGGCCUUCGGAGACUCGCCCCUGAGCUGUGAGCUGGGGGCGUCGGGCCUGGCCGCCGUCUCCGGCAGCAGCGGCCAGUCCUUCCCAGACUUGCAGGUGACGGGCCUGUACACCGCGUACCCAACCCCGGACAGUGUGGCCGCGGCAGCUGCCACCUCCUCCUCUCAGUACCUGGGGGCCCCAGGGAACAAGCCCAUAGCCCUGCUCUGA